CCUGCGGCAUAUAAAAAGUGGGACACUCAUUCUAGUCAGUUUAGUAAGUGAUUCUGAAGACAUCGCAUAACAUUUAGGAACCAAGCAGGGAAGAGUGAGAUGACUGCGGCUAUAUUCAUUUUCACCAGCAUUAUCCUGGUUCUGUUUCAUGGCCAAUCAGUUGCAGGACAACAGCAAGCAGGAAACGUGACGGUCGACCAGCAAAAUGAAAUCCUGAAUAAUUCGAAAACUGUUAUGGAGUCAGUUUUCCUACCCAUCUUCGGUUGGACCGACUCAAUGGAUACUCUAGUGUCGUGUCUAGUCUCAUUGCUCGAAAUGGCAACCGUCUCAGCGCCCACCACUGGCAUCGCCAAUGCUGAAGUUAGCGCAUCUAUAGAAAACUUCAAAACGGUUAUCCAACGACUCAUUGGAGAGCUCCAAACAGCUGCAAAUGAACUCAAAUUGCGUGUGGAAGCGCUGCGUAUGGGAAUGCAAACGUGUCAAGACACCCUUAAUCAGAGCAUCGAGAAAAUCAGAACUGUUGGUAAAUGCACCCUAAAGCAGCUCUACGUACUUGCGAACCAGAUACGCAACUGCACGUUCCGAGCUUUGACCGCCUCCAAGUCGGAAGUGGCCAUCAUCCAAGAUGGUAUCUCAGAUACUUACCUGGAAUUACAUAAUAUCCACAUGCGUAUGGCGCAUUGCACCUUGAUGAAUCCUAAAAACGCUGUUCCUUGCAUUGAGGUACUCACUACAGAAUUGCCUGAUAUAAUCGAUUCGGUUCGAGCGGAUAUACCUGGUGCAGAUGUUGCAAAAACGUUGGAAGGAAUUAAUAGAUGUUCGACGAAGAUAUCUCAAAAUGUAGAUACCAUGUGUGCUUAAUAAAAAAAUGGUUCUUUUUAAAUAAAUGGGAGAGAUUGCGAAUGUGUCAUGAA